GAAUUUCAAGUCAAACUGACUCGUGACGAGCAUUCUUGGGCAGGCUUCGUAGAAACGAGGCCGCUAAGGAUCGACGAUGGUUUCAGGCAAGCUGUUUCAGUAAAGGAUGAGGAUCAAAGUCUAUUUCAAUGAUGCUGUCAACAUCAGAUGGCUGUUCGUUGCGCCUAAGGACUUUUCCAGUCCGUGGUGAUUUGGUAACAGUAAGUGGCAACACUGCUUGGCCUCAUCUCCCUGGACUUUCGCUAUUGCUGAAGAACCCGGUGGUCAAGCUCUGUGUCUAGAAUCGUCUUGUAGAGCAAUCACCAUUGUAGCAUCGACGCGGACCCCAUACACGAUGGCGGCUCUGAAGCCCGCUGGCCAGCGGACGAGGCCCUUUUUAAGAGUCCUUCCCUUCUUUUUUCCGGUAGCUUUUCUUUACUUCCUGACACCGGUUCUCAACGAAACAUGGUCAUCCUGGGUACUAUCUCGGAUCGACACUCACCUAGGCGAGCCUAGUCGGGCAGCAGUGUCGGAAAAGUCAUGGCUGAGUUCAGUCCGAAAGAGACACGAGUGGAUGAGGGUCAACGAAGACUACGACUCAAUACUGUUUACACCCAGAGAUGAAACUCUCCGUUUUUGGUACACCAUCUGGGACUUGUUCCCGGCAACGUAUACUUGUCCGUGGGACGUGCAACGAGUCGGCAAACUCGGCGAUGGGGGAAAGUGGAUUUGCGGAAUGAGUAAAUACGAAAAGGCGGAAGCCAACUCCCGAGCUUCUGAGAGACCUAUUCGUAUCUAUAGCUUUGGUAUUGGAGACGACUCCUCUUUUGAGGCGGAAAUGCUCAGCCGCUCCAGCGCUGCUGAGAUGUACGGUUUCGACGACACGGUCGACGGUUGGGGCAAGGGGCUAGAAGCGUAUCCCAACCGGACGCACUUCUUCAAGACUGCUGUUGCUGAGUACGACUACUAUGAUGAAGUGGAGAAGACGGAGUUUCUCUCAAUCAAUAGCAUCAUGAAGAAACUAGGGCACGACUAUGUGGAUCUGAUCAAGAUGGAUAUCGAAGGGGAUGAGUUUCCGACAUUAGAGUCUUUCCUGGGAGACUAUGCGAAAGGUGGCGAGCUCGAGGGAAAGGAGGUUCCGGUUGGUCAGAUGGUGAUUGAGAUUCAUGUUCCGGAGAAGGGGCCCACAAUAAGUCAGUUUGCGGAGUGGUGGGAGAGGAUCGAGGAGGUUGGCUUCAGGCCAGUUUGGAGCGAGGCAAAUCUCCUCGCUGUCACGGUGGGAGAUGGGAAGCCGUGUUGUUUUGAGUACACUUGGAUCAAUACAAAAGACAGCCGGAGCGUUGCGUGGGAUAGAGGAAGCAGAUCCCCAUGACAGCAUCUUGUGGCAACUUGAUAUAAUGAAAGUCUGUGUUAAUAGCUGAGAAUCUGCGGUUCAGUCUAAAACGCCCUGGGCUCUCUGAGAGGUUGUCUAAACACAGGUUCAUCCAAAGUAUGAGGCUUAUUGUCUUCCCCCGUUGACGAAGGCAACACAGCUUGCUUAGCUAUCCGUUUUGCCCUUCGCCUUCAUCUCUUCCUCCUCAUCCGGAGGCGAGGGGACCCAAGAUGGAUCAAACAAUUUGAAGUAUCGACUAAUCGUUUCGUUGAGGGUUUCAGGAAACGGGAAUGCACGACUUAUGGUGUUGAAGGAGACAGGCUUGGAAGAGAGGCUCAGAGGGAGGCUAGGUCCUUUGCUUCCAACUUGUUGGGGUUGACUGGAAGCAGUGUGCUGUUAGUAUCCAGCUCUAAGGAAAUGACAUUGCCGUAAGAGACGUUGAAUGUACCUUUCUUUCGAGUUCGAGUUCAUUCUCAAUAAUUAGUGGGGCUGAAACU